GAAAGUCCAUUAUUGGAAAAGCCUCUUGUCGUGCAAAAUCGCCGCAAAACUGGCUUAAAAUUGUAAAAUAGUGAUAAUUAAUCCGUCAACUAACAUUUAGUUUUGCACCGAAAGUCGGAGAACGAGAUUUUUGCAACUAAAUUCCUGCCAUAUUUUCGUCGCACAGCAAGAAAAAAUCCGAGAAAAAGCAAUAAACGUGAAACGAAGCUAGCUAAUGAGUGACCGAGAUAGAGAUCGCAUUACGGUGAAGAUUCAUAACAUGAAAAGAAGUCGUUCUCCGCCGCCACGAAAACGUCGCGGAAGUUCCCGUGCCUCGAGUUCGUCGCCAGAAAAAAGUCGAGUAAGGCGUCGUUCGCCAAGUUAUGAAUCGAGAUCAUAUCGCGAGCCUCCUCCGCCGGCAGAACGUUACAGCUACAAGGUUUUGUGUGUGAGUGCGAUCCAUUCAAAGGCUUCCGAUGACUUUGUGAAAGACACUUUGUUCCGCGAAUACAAGCGUUUCGGCGAAUUUACGGUCCGCAUUUCGCACGAUUACGGCGAACGUGUUGCCUACGUGUGUUUUCGUGCCUCCGAAGAUGCGCGCGAAGCGAAACACGCCAAGCCACGUAUCGUGUUGUACGACAAAGUAGCAGUUGUCGAGCCCGUUUACGAGAAUUCCAAGUCGGAGUCGUAUCGCAGCUCUCGUGCUUCGCCGCCCGCCGAUUACGAUCGUCAUUAUGCGGAACGUUAUGCGCCAGCGCCCGAAAAACGUCGUCCGCCGCCUCCGGAGCACGGAUACGAUUCGCAUUACGAUCCGCAUCACGGAUAUGCGCCGCCGCCGCAUCACGUUUCGUAUCAUCCACGCACUCCGAUGACGAGGGCGCCUCGCGGACCUCCCAUGUAUCACGGAGGACCUCCGCAUUUGCAUCCUGGCGGUCCGCGACAUUACGCGCCACGACCCUAUAUCCCGAGACCUCGCAUGGAACGCUUCGAAAAGCCCGAAAAUAAGAAAGACAAGUUCCCCAAUUAUUUGCAGCACAUCCCGCCGGAAGAAGAUCCUCUUGCGACACGAACAUUGUUCGCUGGCAACUUGGAAAUUAACAUUUCGGACGACGAAUUGAAACGAAUUUUCGGAAAAUAUGGCAUCGUCGAGGACAUUGACAUCAAAAGACCUCCGCCAGGCACGGGAAACGCUUUUGCCUUCGUCAAGUAUCAAACGCUCGAUAUGGCGGCACGUGCAAAAGUCGACUUGUCAGGACAGUACAUUGGAAAAUUCCAAUGCAAGAUUGGAUAUGGCAAAGCAACGCCAACAACGAAAAUCUGGGUUGGCGGAUUGGGAGCUUGGACUUCGGUGACGCAGCUUGAGAGAGAAUUUGAUAGAUUUGGAGCUAUCAAGAAGAUUGAGUACGCCAAGGGAGACAGUCAUGCAUUUAUUUUGUACGAUUCGAUCGAUGCGGCAACGGCAGCUGUGAAGGAAAUGCGAGGAUUUCCGCUUGGAGGUCCCGAACAUCGACUUCGUUUGGAUUUUGCGGAUAAUGGGACGCCAACUCCCUUUAAGAAAUCUGCUCCAACUGAGUAUUCGGAAGGCGGUGAAUACAGAAAGGUGCCCGAAUAUGAGUUUGCUGAUGGCGAAACUCCUGCGACAGCGCCCACGCAUCGACCUCCGCACGAAACGGCGCCGUAUCAUACGACAAAUCCUUAUCAUCAUCCAACGUAUCCAGGUUACGUUCCCAGAUUCCGUGGUCGCGGAAGAGGUCGUGGUUCAUAUCGUGGCGGAUAUCAUCCUCGCAUGCCCCAUUACGCAUUGCCGCCCGAAUCGCAUCAUCCGCCCAUGCACGAAGACGCCUAUCGUCAUCACAGACCUGCACCGCCUCCCGAGGAAUACGAAUCGCAUCGCAACUCACGUCGUUCCGUAUCUCGUGAACGUUCUCGUUCUCCACGUCGUCGUUCACCCGAAUACGACUCCGAUUCCUCCUCACGUCGCGGAAUGCUUUCGUCAGCACGCACAUUACCCGAAGUUGCCCGGAAAUCUUCGACAGUCUGGCAAGGCGCUCUCAUCCUCAAAAGUUCGCUGUUUCCGGCGAAAUUUCAUCUCACCGAUGGCGACAACGACAUUGUCGAGUCACUGAUGAAAGACGAAGAUGGCAAAAAUCACUUGCGAAUCACGCAACGUCUGCGAUUGGAUCAACCGAAGCUCGAUGAUGUGCAAAAACGGAUAAAUUCGUCGACAUCGCACGCCAUUUUCCUCGGCAUGCCGGGAUCAACGUCGGGCGUUGUGAGCGACGAUAGCAGCGUACAAACACGACCUUUGCGCAAUUUGGUGUCGUACUUGAAACAAAAAGAGGCAGCUGGCGUCAUUUCGUUGUUGAAUAAAGACACGGAGGCAACGGGAGUUUUGUACUCGUUCCCGCCAUGCGAAUUCUCGACGGAACUCUUGAAACGUACGUGUCACAAUUUGACCGAAGAGGGCUUGAAGGAAGACCAUUUGGUGAUUGUUGUCGUACGUGGAGGAACUGCAUAAAGAUAAAAAAUAUAAAAAAAAGUAUUUUAAAGAUAAAAUUGUGCAUUAGUGACGGAAGUGCUUUUAACAAGUGUGGAAGUUUUAGUGCGCGCGUGUUAAAAAAAAACAUUUUUAAAAAUAUUCAACUAUUUUGACUACUUACUCCAAUUUAGUAUAACUUAACGCAAACGUUUUAUGUGAAGACGAAGAAGAGAAGAAGUUCAUCAUAUAAAAAAAUUAUUAUUUUUUUUUUUUUACUAAAUUUAAGCUAAUUUAACCAACCAAUCAAUAAAAAAAUGAUCAAAACCGGUGAAAUGGUGACAAAAAAAAGUGUAAAACGCGACGACAAUGAUUCUCAAUAAUUCAAGUGAGAUUAGAAAUUUUUUUAAUGAUAAUAAUAAUCAAUUGUGUUGUCAGUAUUUACUCAGUUUUAAUUAUUGUUUAAUUUUAUUUUGUUAUUUUUGCGACAAAAUAUCAAAAAUUUAACUCACAAAAAAUAAUUGGAGGUGAUAUUUAGUUAAAAAUCUGUUCAAAAAGUGUCCAGAGAAGAUUCCAGUGGCAUUUAAUAAAAAAAUAAUAAAAAAAUUCAAGAGGAAUGCUCGUCUGAUGUCUGUCUGUUAUUUUUUUUUAUUUAAAUAAAUAAUUUUCAGAAUCAUCGUGAGUGUAAAAGAUUGUGUCAACAAAAAAAAAAUAAUAUUGCAUGUUAUAAAUAUUUACUCAAAAAAAAUCAAUGUUUUACAACUCAUAAAAAAAAUAUUUAAAUAUUGAAGUAGAAAUGUCAUAGAAAUGCUUUGCAGUAGUGGUUAUUUUUUAUUAAAAAAAAUAAAUAAUUAAAAAUAAAAAAAAUAAAUAUCAAGGAAAAAUCUCUGAAGAUCGUUUUUAUAUGAAAACGAUAAAUGCUAAGUGCUAAAAAAAAUUAAAAAAAAAUAUAUACUGAACCUUUUAGUGAAAAAAAUUGAUGUUUUUCCUCUUUGAGAUGAAAAAUUAAUUCAAAAAGCACAAAAUUGUUAAAAGUUUCAGUAUGUGAUGAUGAUCUUAUAGUGAUAGUAGUGCACUAUAAAAAUAAAAGGAUUAAAAAAAUCGCAGAAGAUCGAAUAAA